AGUGGCGUUCAGUGGCGUUCUGUGCGUGCCUGUGAGCGCGCAAUGUGAAAAUAUUUUCGCCGGGCUGUCGUCGUUGAAACCUUAUCGAGUUGCUAUUUCGUUGUCGAUUCUGUGCCUUUGCUGGAAUGUCCAUUAUGUCCGCCAGCCAGGACUACGAUCGGAAGUAUGUGCGCAGCAUGGGGGGCAUCUGCAAGAUCGCCUGCAUGCUGAGCAGCUUCAUCGGCUUCCUGUUCAUUCUGUGCGGCCCGGUGCGAGUGAGCAACUUUCGGGGCAGCUUCUACUUGGUCGUGGCGGCGCUGGGAUUCACGGCCACACUGGCGCUGCUGCUUGCCCGCUACCUGCGUCUGUGGCAACGUUAUUUCAGUCGAUGCGACUCAACGGUCUGGUCUCUCGGUGUCCACUCCACGCUGGCGGUUUCGUACUUUGUGGCCUCCGGGCUGGUGCUCUCUCUGGACAUUGGGGCCUAUACGGCAGCAGCGUUCUUUGGAUUGACGGCCUUCAGCAUCAAUGGCCUGGAGGCUUAUGCCCACUAUCGACGCAGCCGUCAACGCGAGGUGGCCACCCAAACAGUAUAGCCACCCCGCCACCAAAAGCUUUGAUCGCUCUUAGUACUUUAAGCCCGCUCUCAGUUGGACGAGUCUCUCCGGCUGCCGCAAAAAAAAAAGAAGAAAAAGAGCAAGGUGUGUUAGUGCAAGGUGGGGUUUUGGCAGUCUGCCUCCUCGAAACGUGCGCCACUCUCUCGUGCUGUCUGCAGGUGGGAGCACGCUCUGCGAAUGCCUCACCUUAUACUCACACACUGUGAGAGCAAGAGUCAGUGCUAAUUUGAGUGCCACACUGCUCUUUUGUUUGCAUUCAAGUCUGUUAGUUAAGUGUACAAAAGUGAAGAUACAUUCUGUUGCCCGAACAGUUAUUCGAUUAUGUUAUCUAAUAGUCGUUAGAAUGUAGGUCAAGCAUAGAAGAUUAAGAAGAAGGGGGAGAAGAAAGAGAACGGAGCCAGAGUCGCAGACAAAGUCUAACUUAAGCUUUAGAUAAACGGACAAAGUGGAAAGAAAAGCAAAAGAAUCAAAGAGAGGAUGGGAGUACACGGUUAGAGAGCAGAAGUUAAGCGGAUGAUAGACAGAGAGAGAGAGAGAGAGAGAGAGAGAGCAAAUGCCAAAGAGAUAAAUCUUGUCAUACCCUUGCAGAGGUUCCAUUAAUUUUGAAGAAAUUUUUUCAAACUAUCACUAUCACUAAACUAUCUUGAUCAGAAUCAACAGCCAAAUUGUUUCCGUCGGUUAACAGCCCCGAAGAAACCCUUAUUUUAUUCAAUAUCAAUCAACACUUCGCGUUGUUUUACAUAAUUCAACCAAAUAACAUACAAUCUGAUCAGUAUUGUAACCAACGAACUGAAAGGCUUCGGGCUCGAAGAUAAAAUUUUUUUGUUUGUGUUUUGGCUUUGUGUCUGCAUCUUGUCAUCCCAUACUUCUCCUCUUUCUUCUGAUAACUGGUUCGCAAGGUAGAAUAAUAUUUAAUUUUUUUUUAUAAUUCUAGACGUUGUUUGUAGCUAGUUCUUUUUUAAGUCAGUCACAAAUACCGCUUACAGUACAAGCGAGUAGCACUACUUUUAUAUCACAAAAUAGCAAAGUAUUUCAACCACGAAAUCUGUUCUUUUGUAUAUAUGUCUGACGCACCAAAACUCUUUAUAUUUUUAUACACAUAAUUUCACAAAACAUGCUUAAGAUUUGUGAAAGAAAUCCAUAUGUCUGUGAAUAACUAUAUACAAUAAACGCAAUGACUUCUUCGAGUAUGAA